AAAGUAAUUGCAAUUGGGAUUUCCUUUUGUUUUUCUUUUUCAUCCUUCCCUUCCCCCUUAGAUAUCUGUUAUUGCAUCUUAUUGGAUGGUAUCAUUGAGAAAAUGGAAGAUUUUGCAUUUUAAACUGGGAUUUGACACCACUAUUUUCUGGCCUCUUCUAUGUAAAAAUGUACUCAAUCAUCAUAAAAUGAGUUGGAGGAAUCCCUUGUGGUUCAGGAAAGCUUUCAGUGGAAGGAAAAAUACUAAACAAGUUCGACAUGAGGCCUCAUAACGAAAACCUCGAGAACUAUGGAAAACUCUGUCGUGAAAGAACAAACAAAUACAUGACAAAAAGCAGACAGAUACAGGUCAUUGAUAAUGAUAAUGGGACCCAUAUGAGGCCUAUGCCUGGGAUGAUUGUUACUGGAUUUUCUGAGAAGAAGAAAAUGUCAGCAAAGACAUCUGAAAUGAAAAGAACAAGACGAGACCGUGGAGAGAUGGAAGGGAUUAUGUUUAAGCUUUUUGAAGGACAGCCAAAUUGGACUCUAAGGCAACUGAUCCAAGAGACAGACCAACCUGAACAAUUCCUGAAAGACAUACUGAAAGAACUAUGUGUCUACAACAACAAGGGAACUAAUCAAGGAUCUUAUGAGUUGAAGCCAGAAUACAAGAAAGCAAGCGAGGAACCAACUCAAAAAUAGCCGUUGAUAUGUUGGUUUACUAAUGUAGGAGAAUAAUCCUACCGGUGAUAUUAACUAGUCUCCUUAUCACGGAUGUCUUUUUUCUUGUUAGACAUGAGACUGGCUCCAAUGAGGAAGAUGACUAAGAAAAAAGAAUGAGCAGUCUACUUGUUUGUUCCGUUUGCCAGACCUAGCUAGUGUUGCUGUAAAUUUGAAGAGGAUGGUUGCUGCUCUGAAUAUAUCAACACUUUGCCAGAUAACUGACCAGUUUAUUUUAUAGUAAGGGAUUCUCCAUCUUUUUUUUCUGAA